AUGGCCGCCGCCCGUAUACUUGCUAAGCCCAUAGCGUUCCGAUCAGCGCAGUAUCUUCUUAUCGAAAAGGCAUCCGAAAAUGCACCACCCGGUUCCUUUGAGUUGGUCCUCGGAUCAGCAACGGCAACCGACCCAGAAUCUAAAUCGGUGAUGGUCUCAGGGAAGGGAACCAUCACGGGUAGUAACCUCGCGCCCUUUAAGGCCACAGGUGGCCAAGAUCUCUGGAAUACGAUCGAAGCUGCGCAGCAACAGCUCUCUGCCUCUAAAUAUGUGGUCAUUGGUGGCGCAGGGCCGGUUGGUGAUAUCACUGCCUAUCCUGCCCGUCUCUUCAUGAAAAAUAGGAGUAGAUCCUUGGAGGUCGACAUUUUGGGACGAGGAAAGCGGAAAACUUAUUCUCAGGAUGGCAAGGUGAUAAUGAUUGUCCCAGUAGGUUCUACUAACGGAACUGACCAAAUAUUUGACAUGGUGCCUUGGGGAAGACGGCAGCCAUGGCCAAGGGCAAAGACUAUUUUGUCUCCAAAGCACGAGGUCUGA